ACUUUACCUAUCAUAUCAACCUUCACUAAAAUAAAUAUCAUACUCUAAAAAAAAAUGAUGAAGGUGUUAUGUGUAUGAACCAUUAUCAAAAUGUCCCUACAAUUUUCUUAUCAAAUCUUAGUUACCAUGACUUCUUUCCAUGUCUUGCAUGAUGUAUCCCUCAACCCUAUUUAUAUGGACACUCACCUAGAAUGUUUUUCCUCAACCGCUUCACACUAACCUUAAAAAGAAUCUUAGAACUCUCACCAAAUAUACCAACAAAAAUGAAAAGAAAAUCUCUUGUUUCUUCUUUGGUUCUUUUGAUUGUUUCUUUCGUUAUAAUUCAUGUUUAUGGUGAGAGUUUUCAUGAUAGGAAAGUUUCUAAUGGAAACCAUCAUGAAACAAUACGUAGAUUGCAGUCUUUGAAAGCUUCUUUAACAAGACAUGAUUCCAUUGCUUCAACUCCAUUUUCUUCCUUGUCUCCUUCUCCUUCUUCUCAGCCAAGUGAGGGUAUGAACAAUCCAAGAGUAUACCAUGUGACAUCUUAUGGUGCAGACCCAACAGGAAAUUCAGAUAGUACAGAAGCUAUCCUUGCAGCCAUAGCAGAUGCAGCCAAUGUUCAAAGUGAAGGACAUUUGAUGGAAGGCAUCAACAACCUUGGAGGUGCACAGAUUAAUCUUGAAGGUGGAAAUUACCUGAUCCGCCGGUCACUCACGCUUCCGGUAUCCGGUGUUGGAAACCUCAUGAUACAUGGAGGAACACUAAAAGCCUCAGAUGAUUUUCCUAUAGAUGGCUACAUUAUUGAUUUAUCAUCAACCUCUUCUAAUGAAAGUGGUUCCUACAAUUUUGAGUACAUAACUCUCAAGGAUCUUUUACUAGAUUCAAACUUUAGAGGAGGGGGCAUUUCAGUCAUAAACUCACUCAGAACAAACAUAGACAACUGUUACAUCACACAUUUCACAACAAAUGGAAUUUUAGUCCAAAGUGGUCAUGAAACAUACAUAAGAAACUCGUUCCUCGGCCAACACAUAACCGCGGGAGGCGAUAGAACCGAAAGAAACUUCUCAGGAACGGCUAUAAACCUCCAAGGUAACGAUAACGCUGUCACCGAUGUUGUGAUUUUCUCGGCUCAAAUAGGAAUCAUGGUCACUGGUCAGGCCAACAUAUUUUCUGGUGUACAUUGUUAUAAUAAGGCCACGGGAUUCGGCGGGACCGGGAUUUACUUGAAACUACCUGGUUUAACACAAACAAGAAUUGUGAAUUCUUACAUGGAUUAUACUAGUAUCGUCGCAGAAGAUCCUGUUCAGCUUCAUAUUUCAAGUAGCUUCUUCCUCGGUGACGCGAAUAUUGUGUUGAAAUCUAUGACCGGUGUUUUAAAUGGUGUUACUAUUGUUGACAACAUGUUCUCUGGAUCUGAUCAAGGUGUUGAAAUUGUUCAUUUGGAUAAGUCUAAUAGUCCUUUUCAUCAAAUUGAUCAAGUUAUUGUUGAUAGGAACAUUGCGAGAGGAAUGAAUAUAAAGGCGACAGUUGCGAAAAUGUCUAUGCAAGGGAAUGGAACAUUAUGGAAUGUUGAUUUCAACAAUGUUCUUCUUUUUCCUAACCUUAUUAAAAAUGUUCAGUACUCAUUGAGUUCCACAGGUGGUAGUUUUCCUAGUCAUGCGAUUAGGAAUGUGUCGGAUAAUCGCGUUGUGAUUGAAACGAAUGAAGUGGUUACUGCAAUUGUUUUCGUCGCGGUGGAUCAGAGCAUGGUAAAUUGAUGAAAGUUUGAAGAAAUUGGUGACAUGAAAGUAAGCAUUGUGAAUUGUGGUUGAAGAGGGAAAUGUGCAUACAAUUAUUUGUUUGAGAAGUGUUUCUUUAUUUAGUUGGAUAAACUUUAGAGUAAAUUUAGUAUUAUACUAAAUAUUGUUAUAGAUUUUUAAGAAGAUUUAGAUUUGAUUGAAUCAUAAAUUAUUCUGUAUGUGAUAGUUAUGUAAAUUUAAAUUUUCUUGGCUCAAAGUUUUUCC